CACACAUUCACGCCUCUCUCUCCUCUCUCUUUCUCUCUCUAACGUAACGAAACUCCCCUCCACCUGAUAAUUUACUCAUCAACCUUGAACAAAAUCUACAAUUUCGUAUUCGAUUUUUCGAAUUUCCAGAAAUUUUCAAUGGCGUGCGUUCAGCUAUUGAAACCAAGCCCAUCGAAUUCGCAGAAGAAAUUGCGGUGUUUCUGCUCGGAAUUCAAUUCCAUGGCGUCGCAGAAAAGUAGUAUCGGGCUUAAAAAAUCAGGAAUUGUAUCUCGGUACAGGAGGUUUAGGGUUUCCUGCAAGGUUGAAGACGGUGAUAGAAAAGGCAAAGGCGAAGAACCUCCGGAGUCGUUAUUUAUGAAAGAACUAAGGAGAAGAGGGAUGACACCAACUUCUUUGCUCGAGGAGAAGAAUCGAAGCAGUAAUGAAGAAGAGGAGAUAAAGUUCAGGGAAGAAGAUGGCGGUUGGAGUUAUUCUAGAAGAAACGGUGUCACGACUGGUGCUGAAGCUGACCUAUCUAAUCAAAGGGAAAAGUCUAUGGCACUUAAUAGCGAAGGUCUUGAGGGUUUGAUACCACGGGCCCGACUUUUGCUUACUUUGGGAGGAACCUUUUUUCUUGCAUUUUGGCCGUUGAUUCUGGCAACUGUUGCAUCUUUCACUGCCGUGUAUCUGUACUUUGGAGCAGAAUUUAUACACGAUGGGACUGAUGCUCCAGUUUCUAUGCCUCAGUAUGUUGACCCGUAUGCACUACUUGAAGGAGACAGGAUAUAUAAAACAGCUCCUCUUUUAAAUUGAAGGACUAGGCAACUUCAUGUAUAGCACUAUAGCAGCAAUUCCAGUGUAAUCAAAAGAUUCUGUUUUUCUUUUCCUUUCCGCCUUCUCUUUUCCUUCUAUAUUAUAUGUAAAUCUCCGCAUCAGUGACAUGUGUUCAUUUACUUCAAAUUAUGCCUCGCGUUUUUAUACUCA